AUGGCAUCCAAGUUCCUGAGAGAGUACAAGCUCGUCGUGGUCGGCGGCGGAGGCGUCGGAAAGUCGUGUUUAACCAUUCAGCUCAUCCAAAGCCAUUUCGUCGACGAGUACGAUCCCACAAUCGAAGAUUCCUACCGCAAGCAGUGCGUCAUCGACGAUGAGGUCGCCCUGCUCGAUGUCCUCGAUACCGCCGGUCAGGAGGAAUACUCGGCCAUGCGGGAGCAAUACAUGCGCACCGGCGAGGGCUUUUUGCUGGUCUACUCGAUAGAGAACCGCCAGAGCUUCGAGGAGAUCAUGACCUUUCAGCAGCAGAUCCUCCGCGUCAAGGACAAGGACUAUUUUCCCAUGAUCGUCGUUGGCAACAAGUGCGAUCUCGAGAGCCAGCGCGAGGUCUCAACACAAGAGGGUCAGAACCUCGCUCGGCAAUUCGGCUGCAAAUUCAUCGAAACUUCUGCCAAGUCACGCAUCAAUGUCGACAACGCAUUCUACGACAUCGUACGGGAGAUCCGCAGAUACAACAAGGAGAUGUCAUCAUACACGGGCGCACCAGGCGCCGGCGGCCAGACCAACGGUGGUUUCAGUCAUGGCGACGCAGACCAGGGGGAGAAGAAGGGUGGCUGUUGCGGGUGCGUCGUCAUGUAAGAGCGCUAGCCACGUGCUCGCACACAUCUGGAAUGAGAGGGGUGGGAGGGCAACGAUUGAGAUUUUCCACCAGCUGCUCGGACUCGCCGCCCGACCGCCGUUAUACAUGCCGCUUCCGCAUCAUCGGACUUGGGAGGGAAAACAAUGAUACCAUUAGCAUGUACUGUCAGUUUAACUCGACCCGGCUCAGCUCGGGCCCUUUUUCUUCACUUCUUCCAUUUACUCCUUGGGUUCGCUUUCUGGGGGCACGGUGUUAUUAUACGGGUAUCAUGCUGCUGGGCACGUUGCUCGGGGCCACGGUGCCGAGCAUUCUUCAUGCCUGGAUCGAUGCCCGACCGAUUUUAUUUUCUUCAUUUUCAACUUCUGCUCUCUUAUUCCCAUUCCCCCUCAGCUGGCCAGCUGGACGGUUUCCACCUAUCCGUCUAAUAUCUAGACUUUUUUUCUACGUCUUCUCCUCCUUUCGUUCUUUAUCAUUUUCAAUGUUCCCGUCGGCAUCUUCUGUUUUUUCUUUUACUUCUGGUAAAUUGUACUUCCAUUUCCUGCGUCUGCAAACGGCGGGUUUUAUAGGGUGGAGCGGUGCCAAGCAACGGUCGAAUCCGAAGAGAGAAGACAAAAAAAGACCUUUUCUACCUCACUUUUCUAUGCUGCCGUCUCCACGUACAGAUGGUGCGAGGACCUUGCUGCUAACAAACAAGCUAUCGUCCGUGACGCUAUCACGAAUGCCGCCAACGAUUGUGCUCCGAUUCAUGAUUGUUUCCUACAGCAAUAACGCC